GGCUGGUCCACUGCUGCCGGAGCCGGGCACCGAGCCUCCCAUCCCCGCCUGUGUGUCCAGCACCGAGAGGCACCACUCCCCACGGACCAAAGAUGACCACUCUGUGCGAUCUGGCCCCUGCCGCGCCACAGGAACAGCGCUUUUUGGUGUUGUUCGACUUUGACGAGACCAUCAUCAACGUGAGCAGUGAUGAUGCCGUGGUGUGCGCGCUGCCGGGCCAGCAGCUUCCCGAAUGGCUGAAGAACUGCUUCAGGGAGGGGCACUACAACGAGCACAUGCAGAAGGUCCUGGCCUACAUGGCAGAGCAGGGUGUGUCAGAAGACGGCAUUCGUUCGGUGCUGGAGAAGAUCCCACCGACACCUGGCCUUCUCAAUCUCUUUCAGUAUCUGCACAGCAACCAGCAGGACUUUGAGUUACUGGUGGUCUCCGACGCCAACAUGUUCUUCAUCGAGACGUGGUUGGAGCAUGUUGGGGUCCGUCACCUUUUCCGCGAGAUCUUCACAAACCCGGCCAGUUUCGAUGCAACCGGCCAGCUCAUGCUCCUCCCUUUCCACUCCCACUCCUGCUCCCGUUGUCCUGACAACAUGUGCAAGCAGGUCAUCAUGCAGGAGUAUCUAACGUACCGGCAAAAGGAGCGUGGUGGUACAGCCUACCAGGGGGUGUUCUAUAUCGGUGACGGGGCCAAUGACGUCUGUCCCUCUAUGGCUCUGGGACCCAGGGACACAGCCUUCCCCAGGAGGGACUUCCCCAUGCACAGUCUGCUGCAGGGGAUGCAGCAGUCGCAGUCGUUCCAGGCAAACGUGGUUCCCUGGGUCAGUGGUGAGGACAUAGUGGACUACCUGAGGAAAAUAAUGAAGGAGAGACGGGAUGUGUGUAAUAGAGGGGAUGAAAGAGUGGAACAGAUAUAG